AUGACUAUGGUGGUCGCAAAGAACACUAAUCGAAAUGUAGGACAUCUGGAUCUGGAUGAUGAACCCAAGAGAAGUCGAUACCGAUAUGCAAAGUCAAUAGAAGAUAAUGAGAAGAUGAUAGAGGAGAUGGAACAACAAUUGCUUCAAAUCCAUAAAAAGAUCACAGAGAAAAAGCUUGUCCAUGAAAAAGCCAUCUCAGGAUUAAACUCCAAUAUGCGAUAUGGAUGGUUUUAUAACGGAAGAUGGACAUCGGUCGAGGAUGACAAGAGUUUCCGAUCAGAUUGUCCUGAGACGAUGGAGCUAAACAAGCUAACUUUCGCUAAUAACGCGUAUCGUGACAAGAAAUCUGUUAUAUCAUUCUCGUCUGGGGAACGAGAAAUUAACAUCCAUAACCUAAACCAUCGGAUGUUACAUGAGGUGCAUAGCAUGGAUGGUGAGAGACGUCUUCUCAAGAUGAUGAAUCAAAACAAGGAAAUCGAUUCUGGACUUUCUCUUAAACAAGUUGAAGAACAAGUUAAGUGUAAAUCAAUUAUACACAUUCUCUAA